UUGAAUGGAUCGGAUCAUAUAUCCACCGGACAAUGCAAAUUGUACCGAUGAAACUUGAUUUCUAUCGGUUCUUGAUAUUAAACACCUAUAAUCAACUGCGAACUGCAUAGAUCAGUUCAACCAAAAGCCCCGGAGUUCUAAUGAGUUGGGAGUGUUAACACAGUCAAAUCUCUUUACAGUCUAGAGCCAGCUGAUCAAUUUCCCCACUUGGUGCAUUGCACAACUUCAAAUAUAAAAUCCAAAUCCUUUCAAAAUCUUCGCUUUCCAUUUCCACUUUCGCUUUUCAUACCCUCUCCAAAUCUCAAGUCACCGUCCUAAGCAUUACAAAAAAAGUAUAAUGCCACAACUAACAGAAACCUACGCUUGCGUUCCAACAACAGAACGCGGCCGUGGAAUUCUAAUUUCCGGGAAUCCAAAAUCCAAUUCCAUUCUCUACACUAAUAACCGAUCAGUCCUAAUCCUCAACCUUGACAAUCCUCUCGACGUAUCCGUCUACGGCGAACAUGGUUAUCAAGCUACUGUGGCUCGCUACUCGCCUAACGGCGAGUGGAUCGCCUCUGCUGAUGUCUCCGGAACUAUCAGGAUUUGGGGGGCUUACAAUGAUCAUGUCUUGAAGAAGGAAUUCAAGGUUUUAUCUGGCCGGAUCGACGAUCUGCAGUGGUCGCCGGAUGGAUUGAGGAUCGUAGCGUGUGGUGAUGGAAAGGGCAAAUCACUAGUGCGAGCUUUCAUGUGGGAUUCAGGAACUAAUGUAGGGGAAUUUGAUGGGCAUUCAAGGCGAGUCCUAAGCUGCGCGUUUAAGCCAACAAGACCAUUUCGGAUAGUGACAUGUGGAGAAGAUUUUUUGGUGAAUUUCUAUGAAGGGCCGCCAUUUAAAUUCAAAUCAUCUCACAGGGAUCAUUCAAAUUUUGUCAAUUGUGUAAGGUUUUCUCCUGAUGGCAGCAAAUUCAUCAGUGUAAGCUCUGAUAAGAAGGGCGUAUUAUUUGAUGGGAAGACUGGAGAAAAGAUUGGAGAGUUAUCCUCUGAAGGUGGUCACAAGGGGACCAUUUAUGCAGUUAGCUGGAGUCCAGAUGGUAAACAGAUUCUUACAGUUUCUGCUGACAAGUCAGCUAAAGUGUGGGAGAUCUCUGAUGAAGGUAAUGGGAAACUGAAGAAAACAUUGACAUGUUCUGGCUCAGGUGGAGUGGAUGACAUGCUAGUUGGUUGCCUUUGGCAGAAUGAUCAUCUUGUCACGGUUUCUCUUGGUGGCAUGAUCAGUAUCUUCUCUGCAAGUGAUCUGGAUAAAACUCCACGACAAAUAUCUGGACAUAUGAAGAAUGUUACAUCAUUAGCUGUUCUUAAAAAUGUCCCAAAAACCAUAUUAUCCAGUAGUUAUGAUGGUUUGAUAGUUAAAUGGAUUCAAGGGACUGGAUACAGCUCUAAAUUACAGCGGAAAGAGAAUGCUCAAAUCAAAUGUUUAGCUGCUGUUGAAGAAGAAAUUGUCACAUCUGGAUUUGAUAAUAAGAUUUGGAGAGUUCGUUUUCAUGGAGAUCAGUGUGGAGAUGCUGAUUCCAUUGACAUUGGUGGUCAACCAAAAGACUUAAGUGUUGCCUUACUCUGUCACGAGCUGGCAUUGAUCACAAUUGAUUCAGGUGUUGUCAUACUCCGUGGUACAAAAGUUGUGUCAACCAUCAAUCUUGGUUUUGCUGUAACAGCCUCCGCAAUUGCACCUGAUGGAAGCGAAGCAAUUAUAGGUGGGCAAGAUGGUAAAUUGCAUAUAUAUUCUGUUACUGGUGAUACCCUUAAGGAAGAGGCGGUCCUUGAGAAGCACCGAGGUGCUGUCAGUGUCAUACGUUAUUCCCCAGAUGUUUCAAUGUUUGCAUCUGGUGACGCGAAUAGAGAAGCUAUUGUUUGGGACCGUGUCUCUCGAGAGGUGAAGCUUAAGAACAUGUUGUACCAUACUGCCCGCAUAAACUGCCUUGCUUGGUCUCCUGAUAGCAGCAUGGUUGCUACUGGAUCACUUGAUACUUGUGUCAUUAUAUAUGAAGUUGACAAGCCAGCAUCUAGCCGGAUUACCAUAAAGGGGGCUCACUUGGGCGGCGUUUAUGGAUUAGCUUUCACUGAUGAGUCGAGUGUGGUAAGCUCAGGUGAGGAUGCCUGUGUCCGUGUUUGGAGAUUAAGCCCACAAUGAUAUGAAGGUUACCUUGAAGUUUGGUGAGAAAGCCGGAUAAUUUAGGACUUGUGUUGUUGUAUAAGUUUGGUUGCAAUGCAAUUGGAGAGAGUUCAAAGAAUUGGUACACUCAUGGAGAUGCUUUGCCCCUUUUUUUUGUAGCCUUUUAUAUUGGAAGUAGCCAACUAGAAACAGCAGUUGUUAUUUAUUCCCUUCCGCUGCUUAUAGAGUUGGCAGUGUUCACAUGGCUGGUGACUGAGUUAAGCGAAUUUCUGCAGUAUUGUCCGGGUAUUUUCCGCCUUUGCCUUGGUUCAAUGGGAGGUUGCAGAAGUUUUAUUUUGAUCUCAAGACUCAAAAGCAGUUCCAAAUAGAAUAUAGCGAAGAAUCAGUUGAGGCGCAAAGUGAUCCAAGUGCCGAUUGUAAAAGGAUUGUUAAUGCUAGCAUGUUGCUCCAUUUUUUUGUGGAGAUGAUGCUAGUUAGUGUGUGUUGUUACAUUUAUGUAAUAUUUCUCAUCUGCAGAUCUGUUAUUUUGUGUGCCUGGUUUGGUGUAAAUUUAAGUAAUUUGAGUGUUAUAUUUUUCAUUUCAUUUCAUUUUGAGUAA